UGUUGCACCGUCUGGUGUGUGUGUGUACGUCGCCACGGGAGUUUCCGUUUGGCGUGGAUCUCCAGUGCGUGAGUUUGUAACCAGCGUGUAAUCCGAGUGCGUUCUACCAGUAUUGUGGCAACGUUUUUGGCCGGGCCAGCAAGCUACGCACCGAACCAACUUAAUAAACCCAAACCGCCAACACAAAAUGGACGCGUCUGAAUCGAUGCCCAAAGCGGACACAAUCAAACUACGGAACAAACACAUUGGUAAAUCCUGUCAGCUGUUCUACCGGACCGACCCGUUGAAGAUAGUGCGCGGCCAGGGUCAGUACAUGUACGACGAGCAGGGUGCACGAUACCUCGACUGCAUCAACAACGUCGCGCACGUUGGACACUGUCACCCGAAGGUGGUCGAGGCCGGAACACGCCAGCUCGGUACACUCUCCACCAACAAUCGCUUCCUGCAUGAUGAGCUGGUCAAGUGUGCCCAAACGCUCGCCGAAAAGAUGCCCGGCAAUCUUUCCGUCUGCUACUUCGUCAAUUCCGGCUCGGAAGCGAACGAUCUUGCAUUGCGGCUGGCUCGUCAGCAUACCAGACGCCACGAGGUGAUUACGCUCGACCAUGCCUACCAUGGUCACGUUUCGGCCGUUAUGGACAUUUCGCCGUACAAAUUCAAUCAACCGGGCGGUGACCCGAAACCAGACUAUGUUCACGUGGCACCGUGCCCUGAUGUCUACCGGGGCAAGUAUCGGGACUGUGACUUCCCGGAGGGAACCGACCUGGGUCAACUGUACGCGGACGAGGUAGAACGCAUUGUCGAGCGUAGCUCUACCGGGGUAGCCGCCUUCAUUGCGGAAAGUCUACAGAGCUGCGGUGGACAAAUUAUUCCACCGACUGGAUACUUUCAGAAGGUUUACGACGCGGUAAGAAAGGCGGGAGGUGUAACGAUCGCUGACGAGGUACAAGUUGGAUUCGGUCGCAUUGGUACGCACUAUUGGGCGUUUGAGCCGCACGGCAUCAUCCCAGACAUUGUGACGGUUGCAAAACCGAUGGGCAACGGACAUCCGGUUGGUGCAGUCGUGACCACGCCAGAAAUAGCGGAAAGCUUCGCCUCCACCGGUGUUUGCUACUUCAAUACGUACGGCGGGAAUCCAGUGUCGUGUGCCAUUGCAAAUGCGGUUAUGCGCGUCAUCGAUGAGGAGCAUCUGCAGGAGAACGCACUGCGCGUGGGGCGCUAUCUGCUCGAACAGUGCAAAGCACUGGCGUACGAGCAUCAGCUGGUGGGUGAUGUACGCGGCACCGGGCUGUUCGUGGGCAUUGAGCUGGUGGCCGACCGGCAGCGCCGUGUGCCGGCAACGCGUGCCGCUAAAGCCGUUGUCGAGCGAAUGAAAACCGUACACCGGAUACUGGUCAGCAGCGACGGUCCGGAUGACAAUGUCGUCAAACUGAAGCCCCCGAUGGUGUUCACGGCGGCGAAUGCGGACGAGUUUCUGUGCGGGUUCCGCGAGUGUCUUACCUAUCUGCAGCAACAGCAGCCGGUGGUGAAUGCUGCCCCAGAGGGUGUCUCAACGACGCCGGUGCGUGUAACACAUCCACUAGCAACCGGUGGCAUCCUUCAACCCAGUCCGAUCACCCGUGGCCAGCACGACACCUCCACACUCAUCAAGUCUAGCUAGGCAGAUGCAGAAACUUAUCACAGCUUAUCCAUUUGUUUAUCAAUCAUUUCGUCUGGCUUAUGCUCGAGGCGAAAUGCACAAACAACGUUAUAGAUUAGUUUAGCAUAUCUCGUUUGAAACCCCCCUCUGGCAUGAACUAGAAACACUUAUUUGUUUUAAAAAUAAGCAUUAUUGUACCAUCAUUUACAACGAAAUGUGGAAUGUUUGUUGACUAUUUUUCAGAUCUUUUUUGUCAUUUCAUUAAGAACACACUUUUAAUUUUCACUUAAGUGUCGCGCCACGAGCUAGUUUAGGGAGGGAGAGAAAAAGAGAGUAGGGAUUAUCCCUGGCUCAGGAUAGCAUUUAGCUGCUGCUUUGUGUGUAAUAUGUUCAGUAAAGGAAAGAGCUCUGUACUCUGCAAUGAAAAAAAGAAUAACAUUAUAUAUAUUUUCCAUUGUAAUUACUGUAAUUUGUUCGAUUAUCAUUUCACUCCAUUGUAUGGCAUAGAGUUGCUAGUUUUACGCUUGUUAUAUGGGUAAGCCACGUUACUGGCACUAUCGACUACCACACCUUCGGUUUUAUAAUGGUGAGAUACAUAGAGACAAUGCAAGUGAGAUCUCCUAUCAAGAUGCCAUGAUGAUCAUGAUAUGAAUGAUCUUUUGGUGUUGUACAAGGAAAAAAUCUUCAAAAAAUGAUAUAAUGUGUCGAUAUAUGUAUAUUUCUUUACAAUGUCUUUUUCUUCACAAAACAUUCCCUCGACAGAAGGGAUUUACACCACACUACGCACGCUGUGCUUCGCCCAACUAUCAACAGUAAGCGCAGGUAUUUUAUUUUCAGAACAACAAAAAAACACAACAGAAGAAUAUGUUAGCUCAAACUAAGAUAUUACAUA